AUGAGUUUGGUUUCCGCAUGGACAAGGAAGACACUGAGGUGGCAGGCUCACCUAGAAUUCACCCACAACCAUGAUGUGGGGGACCUCACCUGGGACAAGAUCGCUGUCUCCCUGCCCCGCUCAGAGAAGCUACGCUCCCUGGUGCUGACCGGCAUCCCUCACAGUAUGAGGCCACAGCUGUGGAUGCGGCUCUCGGGGGCCCUGCAGAAGAAGCACAACUCGGAGCUGUCGUACCGCGAGAUGGUGAAGAACAGUUCCAACGACGAGACUAUUGCUGCCAGGCAGAUCGAGAAGGACCUGCUACGCACCAUGCCCGGCAACGCCUGCUUCGCCAACGAGAGCAGCAUCGGAGUUCCACGCCUGCGCCGGGUCCUCCGAGCCCUAGCCUGGCUCUACCCCGAGAUCGGCUACUGCCAGGGCACAGGCAUGGUGGCUGCCUGCCUCCUGCUCUUCUUGGAGGAGGAGGAUUCUUUCUGGGUCAUGUGUGCCAUCGUAGAAGACCUGCUGCCUGCCUCUUACUUCAGCACCACCCUGCUGGGCGUCCAGACGGACCAGCGUGUGCUGCGCCAACUCAUCGUCCAGUAUCUGCCGCGGCUGGACAAGCUGCUCCAGGAACACGACAUCGAGCUGUCUCUGAUCACGCUGCACUGGUUCCUCACGGCCUUCGCCAGCGUCGUGCACCUGCGGCUGCUGCUGCGCAUCUGGGACCUGUUCUUCUACGAGGGCUCCCGGGUGCUCUUCCAGGCCACGCUCGGCAUGCUGCACCUCAAGGAGGAGGUGCUGAUUCAAUCCGAAAACUCGGCCUCCAUCUUCAACACACUGUCGGACAUUCCGACACAGAUUGAUGACGCCGAGCUGCUGCUGGGGGCGGCCAUGCGACUGGCGGGCUCCCUCACAGACGUGGCUGUGGAGACCCAGCGUCGCAAGCAUCUGGCCUACCUCAUUGCAGACCAGAGUCAGCUCCUGGGGACCAGUACCACCACCACCCUGUCUCAGGUGGUUCGACGGAGGGCCCAGCGGAGGAAGUCCGGCCUCAGCUCCCUGCUCUUUGGAGAGGACGACCUGGAAGCUCUCAAGGCCAAGAACAUCAAACAGACGGAGCUGGUGGCAGAUCUCCGUGAAGCCAUCCUGCGUGUGGCCCGUCAUUUCCAGUGCACAGACCCCAAACACUGUGGUGUGGAGCUGAGUCCCGACUACAGCAUGCAGAGCCACCAACGGGAUCACGAGAACUACGUGAUGUGUUCGCGCAGCCACCGGCGCCGCGCCAAGGCCCUGCUGGACUUUGAACGACAUGAUGACGACGAGCUGGGGUUCCGUAAAAAUGACGUCAUCACGAUCAUCUCCCAGAAGGACGAGCACUGCUGGGUGGGGGAACUGAAUGGCCUGCGAGGCUGGUUUCCAGCCAAGUUUGUGGAAGUCUUGGACGAACGGAGUAAAGAGGUAACCCUGUUUGAACAUGGGCUGAAGAAGCCGACCCUGUUGGGUGGCGCCUGCCAUCCCUGGCUGUUUAUUGAGGAGGCAGCAGGCCGGGAGGUGGAGAGAGACUUCGACUCUGUGUACUCGCGCCUGGUGCUCUGUAAGACAUACAGGCUGGACGAAGAUGGCAAAGUCCUGACCCCGGAGGAGCUGCUCUACCGGGCGGUGCAGUCGGUGAAUGUGACCCACGAUGCUGUGCAUGCCCAGAUGGAUGUGAAGUUGCGCUCCCUCAUCUGCGUGGGGCUCAACGAGCAGGUACUACACCUGUGGUUGGAGGUACUCUGCUCCAGCCUGCCCACCGUGGAGAAGUGGUACCAGCCCUGGUCCUUCUUACGCAGCCCUGGUUGGGUCCAAAUCAAGUGUGAGCUCCGUGUCCUCUGCUGCUUUGCCUUCAGCCUGUCCCAGGACUGGGAACUUCCUGUGAGGAGAGAGGAGAAGCAGCCCCUGAAGGAGGGGGUUCAGGACAUGCUUGUGAAGCACCAUCUCUUCAGUUGGGACAUCGAUGGGUGA